UUCUACCUAUAUCCUUUUUUCAUUUGAACCUUAAAUCAUUUCAUUCUAAAUAUUAAUUAGAUUACAUUAAAUUGCUUAUUUAAUAAUUUUUUUUUAAUUUACAUCUUGAAUAACAAUUUCCAAGGUGCCUAAUAGAGAAAAUUAAAAAUAUCGUAUUGAAAGGUGGAAUCGGACGUGUACCGAGUGAUAAAAUGUGGGGCGAUUCUUUAUUGAUCGUUUUUAUUUCAAUAUGCACAGCUUUUUUAGGAGAAGGUUUGACUUGGGUUUUGGUGUACAGAACUGAAAAAUAUCAAAAACUUAAAGUAGAAGUCGAACGCCAAAGUAAAAAAUUGGAGAAGCGUAAAGAAGCCCAUGGGGAUUCCCUUGAUAAACAACACAAAAAAAAGAUUGAGAGAGAGGAAGAAAGGUUAAAAAAUAACAACAGAGAUCUUUCAUUAGUUAAGAUGAAGUCAAUGUUUGCAAUUGGUUUUGCUUUCACUGCACUCUUGAGUAUGUUUAAUAGCAUUUUUGACGGCAGAGUUGUAGCCAAGUUGCCGUUUCAUCCUAUUUCUUGGAUACAAGGCCUGAGUCAUAGGAAUCUUCCUGGAGACAACUACACAGAUUGCUCCUUCAUCUUUUUAUACAUACUCUGUACUAUGAGCAUAAGGCAAAAUAUUCAAAAGCUCUUAGGAUUUGCUCCGUCAAGAGCUGCAUCUAAACAAGGUGGUGCAUUGUUUACCACACCACCCCCUCAAUUUAAGUAAAAAUCUAUUUAUUUUAUGUUGUUAUAAAUAUUAAUUAAAACUAGCAA